GGUUGACAGCGAGAAAGCAAGAUGGCGGCAGGGGGGUGACAUCGGCAGUGAUUUGUCAACCAGUAAUUUACGUAGACAAAAUAGACUUAUAAUAUCCUUAGCAAUUUUAGAAUUAGUAAAGGAUAUUAAUGGCGCUGUUGUACAGCCUAUUCUGGCGGCUCUUGCUGUUCCUUCUUCACAGCAACAGAGCACUCGUCUCCUGGUUCCGUGUGCGGCUUCGGAACUGGAAGGGGCUGUUGUGGGAGCGGGCGAUGGCCACAUUGCUACUUCCAAUGGCCAUGGCUGGCUUCCAGGACCAUCGGAGGAAGUUAAAUCAUAACCCCGACGCGAAUGGGACUGCUGGUAACGGAAACUGCACUUCUAAUAGCCGGCACCGGUGGCUGACUGACGGCAGGUCUUUGGAGAAGUUGCCGAGCCACAUCGGCCUGUUAGUAGCUGAAGAGGAGCCCAGCUACACGGACAUUGCCAACGUAGUUGUGUGGUGUAUGGCUGUUGGUAUAUCCUAUGUCAGCAUCUAUGAUAACCACGGUAUACUCAGGAAGAAUAACUACCGUCUACUCGAGGUGAUUUUGACACAACAACAGCAUCUCCUCGGAACAGAGGGCUCCAAAUACAAUGUGGAGUUCCUGAGCGAUUGCACCGACAAACAACAUAAUAAUGUGCUCUCAUGCAAGCCAAUAGUGAAGGUGUUGGCACCAGAAGAUGGGAAGCAGAGUAUUGUUCAAGCUGCACAGCAACUCUGUCGUUCUGUGGAAAACAAAGAGAGGAGCUCUAAAGAUAUCACCGUCUCUAUGCUAGAUGCACUGCUCAGAGAGUCAAAGAAUAUUCCAGAUCCAGAGUUGGUGGUGAAGUUUGGUCCUGUCAACAGCACUUUGGGCUUCCUGCCCUGGCACAUCAGACUCACAGAAUUCAUCUCCCUGCCGUCGCACCGAAACAUCUCUUAUGAGGACUUAUGGGAUGCCCUACAACGUUAUGGUGAAUGUCAGCAGCGCAUGGGCCAGUGACGUACAGGCCGGUCUCAAAUUCAUCACAAAAGACAAGUUCAGGGGUUCACACUUUCAAGACAAGGAGGCUUGAGUAAGACUGUGACCUCUCAUGCCUCCGUCAUGACUUGAACCCCCUGUGUCCCACAUUCUGGGCUUCUCCUGGAUUGAUGCAACAGUGAACAAAGCCAGGAGUCAGAGUCGAUCGCUCACUUCCUGCCACCAGCUACUACAAUAAACUGAAAUUCCAGGGCCUCUGCAGCAUGUUCUUUGAGCCAAGAGAAAAUAGCCCUCUGUGGCACGUAACAUGAUGAGAGGACUGUCUGUCCUCUGUGUCUCUCUCACUGCUGGAAUUCAAUCUCCAGCUGCUGUUUGUCACCGAGGACUUCAUUUUGCAGAAACAGAAUAUGAAACCAGGCUUUGUGCCACGCUGUUGAAAUCCAGCUUAAUUUUAGAGGGAAAUUAUUCAAAACAUGAGAGGAAGUGGUGCUAAGGGAUAGAGUGAUUCAUUGUGUCAAUUGAAGAAGUUCAUGUGGCUCUGUGUGUUCAUGCUCUAGGUCAUUGUGUUAAAGUAUGGUUCAAGCAAUUUUUACUUAAGGCUUCACCUUGACUGACCAGACCUCUGAAAUAAAGAAAUGCACUGUUUUUCUUUU